AUGUCGGUGAACGAUCAGCCCCCCUCUGCGGACACCACUAUCUCCCACGCGAACCAACCCUUUGCAUCUGACCUUGGAACUCUCGACCAACGUUUGGAUUGCCUCUCUAACGAAGUCCUUCCGCCUCAACCUUACAUCCUCACCCUCCCGACGAAUGCGCCUUUCCGCCUGGGGUCUCGUUCCGCGAACAAUUGGGCAGUAGGACAUGACCGCCCAUUCAGUCUAGAGGAGCAAGAACUUCAGUAUAUGACCUUCCUCCGGCACCACGAUACAGAUUCAUUGCUUGUGGCUGUGGGCGAUUGGUCUGACGAGUCAGGGCGCAUGAUGGCUGACCGGUCUUCGGCCCCGAGCACAACAGAGACCCCGAAAGAGACGGUAGCAAAGAAGAAGAUCAGUCUCAAAGAUUACAAACACCAGAAGACGACCGGGCCCGUCGCGUCCGCCGCGACACACAAUCAGCGAAUGCGCGCCGACUCCAACUCCAGACACGAAGAAACCCAGCCAGCCCCCAAAUCCGACCUUUCAAAGGCACGCGAUAAGAUCGACCCGCCUCCGACAUCCAACUCGCAGCUACAUCUGUCCCCUUCCAAGGGCCCCAAGAAACGGCCUUCAACCUCCGACAUAGAACAAAUCGGCUUUCAAACGGUCCUGAAUCCCGACAUGCACUCUCCCAAGAAGCCGCGACUAUCUCCCGAGAAGGACACUCGCGCGGAAGCUAUUUCGAACAAAUCACAAUCUCCAAGACUACCCGCACUUUUAUCACCUACACUCCCUCCAACAAAGCUUAUGACGUCCACCACUCCUCUAGCAGCCAAGCUGCCACGGUUGCUCUCUCCUACAUUACCGCCGGAUCUCGAGAAGGAACUGGCCAAAUUCAAGGAACGCUCGCCCGCUCGUCAGUCCCCUAAGCGUGGCAUCUUACCUGGCAAGGGGAAGCGAGACGAUGCAGCUCAUUCUCGAACCCCCAACUCCACGAACAGUGGCAGCAAUUCAAGUUUCCAAAGUCACCGCGCCGGAGCUUCAUCAAAAGAGUCUCAUUCCUCAAAGCCACAUUGUAUCGUCAAACUGCGUUAUGGCAAGGCGAAUCGCCGCCGGGUCGAAGGCCUUCUCAAAUUUUCCGGUAAAAGGAAAUCGUCUCGAUCCGAUUCACCGCUUGGACAGGAUACGGAUCAUGAAGACGCAAAUCAUAUUGAAAAGAGGAGAGAGCUCGGCUCAUCUCGUGUUUUUACUACAUCUGAUAGACCAAAAACAAAAGUCAAACAUGAGCCAGAAACAUCGCUCGGCCCUACAGGUGGCAGUUUCAAAGAACGCAAAACAUCUGUCGAAAAGCCUCUCACGCCAGCCUCUAAUCCUUUCCCAGCUAAAAACGAAAAAGUCAAGCAUACCGUAUCCACGCCAGUGAAGGACUCAAAAGCACUCGUUCCACGCCGAGCUGACCCUGGGGAGGCUGGCGGUAAGACCCCCGUGAACCCGGCGAACAAACGUCACUCGGUUGAUCCGGGGUCGAAAGAAUCGCCUUCCCAGCCAGACAGCCGACCUCGCAACAAUGAGCGUCGAGCCUGGCGGGAUGAAUUCCAGAAAUUCAGCAAUACUGGCCGAGAAUUGAAACAUGCCUCUGAAAGAUCUAGGACCAAAAGCGGAGCUUCCGCCGCGGAUGAGAAGCUGGCUUUGGUAACUGCAAUCGAGGCCAUCAUGUGUUUCAUCCUUGCCUUCGUGGCCGACGAUCAAUCAAAAGCUCUUGUACGACAGGGUGGGGAUUCUUCUGCCUGGGUGUCCAUUCUGGCAUACUGGCGAGUGGUCCGCAAUUACAGCGCCUCUUAUCCCGUCCUUCACGGUCUCUGCCUUCUUCUGGGGGCUGUUUCGUAUGAUUCCAUUCAUGCCCUAGAUCUCGAACGGCUUGCGAAUAGUCCCUUACCGGGCGAGCAUACACCAGUGCCUACUCCCGGCAGCGAUGGAAAUACCGUCCUUUCGGACGAGAAUAAGAAAAGCCGCAAGGACUUCCUUGAGCUGAGGAAUCGGCUUCUCGAGUGUCACCGAGAAUCGCAGAAAUUCUGGCUGGAGGGAACACGGGCUCUCUCUGAGGAUGUUCUACAUCAGGAAUUUCCCGUCACCUGGUCUCAUCGGUCUCACAAUCAUGCAGAGCGAGGGAAAAUUCCCCUCAAAGCUGGAGACUACGCAGAUGAUUAUUUUCUUCCUUUUGGUGGCACAACUUCACCUAUCGAAGUAGUGCGUUUCGGUUAUUCAAUGCUCAAGGAGUGGUGCACGCAGCAAGAUGUGGAGUGGAAGCGGCGCCUAUCCCUUUAA